CGGCGCGUCCCCGCCCGGCGGUCAGCUGAUGGGCCGCCCGCGGGGGAGGCCGCGGCGCGAACAUGGCGGCCGAGAUCCACUCCAGGCCGCAGAGCAGCCGCCCGGUGCUGCUGAGCAAGAUCGAGGGCCACCAGGACGCCGUCACGGCCGCGCUGCUCAUCCCCAAGGAGGACGGCGUGAUCACCGCCAGCGAGGACAGAACUAUCCGAGUGUGGCUGAAAAGAGACAGCGGCCAGUACUGGCCCAGCAUCUACCACACAAUGGCGUCUCCUUGCUCUUCUAUGGCUUACCAUCACGACAGCAGACGGAUAUUUGUGGGCCAGGAUAACGGGGCUAUAAUGGAAUUUCACGUUUCUGAAGAUUUUAAUAAAAUGAAUUUUAUCAAGACCUAUCCAGCCCAUCAGAACCGAGUGUCUGCUAUCAUCUUCAGCUUGGCAGCCGAGUGGGUGAUCAGCACAGGCCAUGACAAGUGUGUGAGCUGGAUGUGCACGCGCAGUGGGAACAUGCUUGGCCGCCACUUUUUCGCAUCCUGGGCUUCCUGCUUGCAGUAUGAUCUGGACACUCAGCACGCCUUCAUUGGCGAUUACUCGGGACAGAUCACCCUGCUGAAGCUGGAGCAGAGCACCUGUUCAGUUAUCACGACCCUCAAGGGACAUGAAGGUAGUAUCGCCUGCCUUUGGUGGGACCCCCUUCAACGGUUACUCUUCUCGGGAGCCUCCGACAACAGCAUCAUCAUGUGGGACAUCGGCGGAAGGAAAGGCCGGACACUUCUCCUUCAGGGCCACCAUGACAGGGUGCAGUCACUCUGCUACCUGCAGCUCACGAGGCAGCUUGUCUCCUGCUCCUCGGAUGGCGGGAUUGCGGUGUGGAACAUGGAUGUUAGCAGAGAAGAGGCCCCGCAGUGGUUGGAAAGCGAUUCCUGUCAGAAGUGUGAGCAGCCCUUCUUCUGGAAUAUAAAGCAGAUGUGGGACACCAAGACCCUGGGGUUGAGACAGCAUCACUGCAGGAAGUGUGGGCAGGCAGUCUGCGGGAAGUGCAGCAGCAAGCGGUCCAGUUACCCGGUCAUGGGCUUCGAGUUCCAAGUCCGAGUCUGUGAUUCCUGUUACGACUCCAUCAAAGACGAAGAUCGGACUUCUCUAGCAACAUUUCAUGAAGGAAAACACAACAUUUCCCAUAUGUCCAUGGACAUUGCAAGGGGACUGAUGGUGACCUGUGGGACAGAUCGUGUUGUAAAGAUAUGGGAUAUGACUCCUGUGGUGGGCUGCAGCCUGGCAACUGGAUUUUCUCCACACUGAUCCUGGAGCUGGGUGAUGUCUGCUACACUUUGCGUACAGUGACCACCAUGAAACGAAACCUUCAUGUAGCUCAAGCCACUGUCAUGUAAAUGGACAGUAACCACCUAAAAAAACAAAUCAAUAUUUUUAAAAAGAAAAAAUAUAUAUAUAAGUGUGUUUUGGGGUAUUUGUGGAAAUUAAUCUGUGGGGAUUAACACCUAAAAGGUCUGUCCAUAGUGAUCUCCUAAGGAAUGGAAUUUCCUCAGCAAAACUGCCUCAUGAACAUUGAAUCAGCGGGUAAGGAGGAAGUGAUCCAGCAAAUGAAGGUUUUAGAGGGAAAAAUUUUUAACAAAAAAAGAUUAAUGCUUAGAACUUCUUCAGCGCAAACCCGUGAGCAUACAUGGAUUCUACGGAGAGAGAGGGUCCUUUGAGGGCCCUGAGGGCACUCUGCUGUCUGGGCAAGAGCUGAAGGAAGGGCUGUCUGUCUUUCUUCAGGAGAGUUGGUAGGGUGUAAGAAACUCAAGCUUCCUCCCUCCAGGCUGGCUGUAUGGGAAUGCUCUCCGCAGUGAGUUGCUGAUAGGCAUCUUCAAGGUACCUGUUCCGUCAGGUCGAGCUUGUAAUCUGCUCGUAAUUGGCUCACUGCUGUUGUUUCUCUCCCAGCCAGUGUCCCAUGGGUGAACGUUUACAAUUGUCAUUUCACAAGACAGCCCACAGUUGUCCCUUUCUCCCAAACCCCAUCUGUGGACAAAGCUUUUUUAUGGUGCUGUUGUACAAGCCGCCUGACAUUUUUUUCUUCAUAGCUAGUCAUGACCCUUGGCAGACUCAGCUACCGGCAUGGUGGCGAUGGAUGCCAUCAGCCUGGUCCAUGGAACAGAUAUAGCCCAGUCCUGCUAACAGAUACAUUUGUUGGCCGUCCCACGAUGAGCCCCUGCGAUACGGUAGCAAUUUAUGCCCCUCAGAACAAGUACUCGGAAGCUUUUACGUCAUGUUAUGCUGUGAUUGUCACUAGUUGUCGCGCAUGUUGCAUAGGAAGAAAUGGGUGGCCCAUUGCUGAAAUUAUCAACCAGGCCUUGUACGGUAACCCCUAACUUGUAAAUCACUUGUCAUGUUUGGAAAAGCUGUUGUAUAAAAUGCAUUUUCCAGGUGUUUGACCAGAUUACCAGAAUGAGGAGAAGGGGGACGGAAAGCCUGCGGUGAAUGUCCAGAUGUGUAUGUAUGUUUGUGUUAACAGUAGCACAUGAGUUAUUCCGGUAGAACUGUGGGAGCCAACAGGAAAGGGCCCAGUGCUUUAAAGGCUAAGUAAUGAAUGGCCACAGCGUCUUUGUGAUGCCUGCUAAUGGGUAUCCACUAAAAAUCUCACUGCUGCUCUGUGUUGGAUUACAUCACGAUCAGGGCCAUUGGGCCUGAUAGGACUAAGGGACUAAAAAUGUCUUAUUAACAUGGCUUACAGGGAGGGAAAAGUUUAUAUCGGGCAAUAAAACUAUUGAUGACCAUGAUACAAAUGAGGAAAGAAAAGGCAGCCAGGUGUACUGGGUUCUAGCUUUACACUGGAAGCUCUUGUCUUCAGAAGUAGGACCAAAGGGUUUUGUUGCCCCUUUUAAUUUGUAUGUUACGUCACCUUAACUGGCAAUCCUUCACCAGAUUCUGCUUCCACUCUACAUGAUGUGUAUUGCUAAUGUGCUUUGGACAAGAGACUGGGGGAUGCUGUGAAACCACAAUGUAGAGUGUUCCCCCUGGUCUGCUUCCCUCAGCUCAGUCCGUGGUUCUGCCCACGCCAAGGGAACUAGAACAUGAUGGAGUCGUCGCCCUGUGGAAUAGUGCUGAGCCCUGUGUGGUUUCGUUUUCCUAAAACCGUCUGUAAAAUGUGACUUUUGGACAUCUGUGGUAGAUUGAACUGAACACUCUAUAUUUUUGAAGCUUUUUUUUUAUUUUGAAAGCCUCUUUCUUGGUGUAAAACCCUGUGUGGUGUGGAGAACAUGAGGUCGGUUUGAGCUUUCUAAGGGGCUUAGAAAUCAAGGAAGGAAUUUCUGUUUAAGGAAGAACUAGGACGGGGACCUUGGGAAGGAAUGCAGUUUGCUCCUCACUUGGGCCUGUGAUCACUUCCUUCAGAAAUGUUGGUGCCAGGCUCUUCCUGUGUGUCACACGUCAGGUAGCAAACGGGGUCAUAUUUUUUAUAGAGGGUGAAAAUUAUAUUCUCAAGUUUACUGACUGGGCACACGAGGUAGGGACAGUAAGGCGCAUGCUCUUUGCCUUAUUUGGACUCUGUUGCAAAAUGAGUCCCUGAAGAUAGUUCCUCAAGUGACAGCGACCAUCUUUUCCAUCCCAGAAUUCUCAAGUUCAUGUGUACAGAUGAGGGGCAAGAACUGCAGAAUGUUAGAGAAGAGUCUUGUACUUAGAUCUAGUGUGUGCUAAAGUGAUGCCAAGUCUUUAUUCUCAACAUGUUCUUCAGUGGUCCUGUGUUCGUUGGUCCCAGUGAUAGCAAUAGGCCUGUGAUUGGUGGAAACCACUCAUUCUUCACUAGGUUGUAACUGUUUACUGUGUCCUGCUCUUAACCCGCUGCCUGGAGGACACCAAUAAACACUUAUUCCAGAGUUUAUUACUUUGUUCUCCCUUACAGUGAUUCACUUUGUUAGCAUCUAUGUUUAUUACAUGGUCAAAAUUGAUCAAAAUAUACAAUAAAUAGAAUAGCAGCCCAGACCCAAGAAGAUAUUUUUGAAAAUCAGUGUUUCAUUAAAGUACUAUUGAUAUCUCCCAAAUGACAAGAAUCCAGUUACUAUUAAUGAAAAACGAUCUAUCUGCUCAUUAUAAAUGGGAGGCUUAACAAAUAAGUAAUACAUGCUAAUUUCUGAAAGUGUCUAAUGCUUAAUUGUUAAUUGUGAGUGGAUUCUUGAAUGUCUCGUCUAUCUUCUGCAGUUUACUAUAUAAUAACUCUUUGAGUAAGUUGAAAUUUAAUUGUGCAGCAAAUUUCGAUCAGAGAACAAUUUAAAAUGUUUUAUUCUGUAGGCUUUUUUGACUUGGGAAGCAAAAAGGUGACAUUAAGUAAUUCGAUUUGUCCUUGUACAGCUGUGUUUCCAUAUAAUACUGUGUGCUCUGUGUAUCCCAGAGAGGCUGGAAAAUUUUGUCCUUUCUAUUUGUGGGUUUGUUUUUGUGGGGCAUUUGUUGUUGUUGUUUGUUUAUUUUUUGGAGAAUAUGCAUAUAAUAAAAUCUCCCUUGCUUGUUA